AUGAAGCUGAGGUGGCCAAAUUUUCUCUUUUGCACAAUCAUUGCCAUUGCUUCUGCCACAACGAAUUCGUCGGCUUUAUCUGUUACACCUUCUCCUUCAUUGUCCGCUGUUCCUUCCUCCUCCUCUGGCAGUGCGUCUUUGACAGCAUUCACCGGAAACACCGCCAGCAGUCGUCAAGAAUGGCGCGACUACGAUAUCAAUACCGACUAUACAACGAUCGUGCCUCAAACGAACAUCACACGUGAAUAUUGGUUUAAUCUUGAAUAUGUAACAGUUGCCCCUGAUGGUCCCUCGAGAUCGGCUAUUUCAAUCUAUAACUCUAUCCCUGGUCCAACUAUCAAAGUAAAUUGGGGCGAUGAGGUUAUCGUUCACCUCACGAAUAGCCUGCCUAGCAUCCUGCAGAAUGGAACUAGCAUUCACUUCCAUGGCAUCCGCCAAUUUUACAUAAACCAAAAUGAUGGGGCUGUAUCAAUAACUCAAUGUCCCACUGCACCGAACAAGACCAUUACAUACAAGUGGCGGGCUAUGCAAUACGGCACUAGUUGGUAUCACAGUCACAUUGGACUUCAAGCAUGGGAGGAGCUGCUUGGUGGAAUUGUAAUCAAUGUACCAGCUAGUGCAGACUACGAUGAAGACAAGGGCGUGAUUAUCAUGAAUGACUGGAAUUACAACACGGUGGACCAGCUAUUCACAACUGCUAAAAAAGACUGA